AUGGAACAUAAAUCAAAAGAAAGCAAUGAAAAUAAAAUCGCGCGGAAAAUUACAAGGAAGGUUGAAAUAAAAUCUACAACGAAAGUUGGUCGAAGUAUCAGCAAGAAAUCUCUCAAGUCCGGCAAUCUGAAAACUUCUGGAACGUUUCCCGUUUUAAAUAAAAGCGAAAAGAAUUUAAAAAAACCAACGAUACCCAAUCCUUUGAAAAGCGCAACACUAAUAGGAAAUGCAAAGUCUGACACUCAAAAACUAUCUUCUUUGAAAGUCCCACAAAAUGCAGCCGUGCAUUUCGGGAAUUUUUAUGGACUUCAAGAAAAUCCGAUUGAAAAAAGUAAUAAUUUAGGUAAUGAUGCGAAGAAUAUUGAUUUAAGAACAUCGACGAAAUCAGAAUUUACGAGACAAAUGGUUCACAAAUUAGAAAGAUCAGCUGGUACUGAGGAAUACGCACGACAAGUUUCAGCCUUUUUGGAAGAGACGGUUGAGCCAGCGGAUUUCCGAGUGAACCCACUACCGUCCGAAAAUUCUAUCCCCGAUGGAAGACAAAACCCCACGGGAUAUCCGCUUUGGUACAAGGACCCUUACAAAAUGCCAAUGACAGCAAAAAAAGAGUAUCAACUUCUUAAAGAAAAAUAUGGUAACAUGAAUAUAAAUUCAAAUGUAAGAUCAACAAAUUUCCUCAAAGAACUUUCGACGUCCGAAGAUGAAGAGGAUAACAUAAGUCUAGAAGAAAUCGAAGAGCAUAAGAAAAGUACGGAUAAAUUUUUAACGAAUCAAUCUUCCAAUCAUUCAUCGUCUACCGAUGAUAGCUCCAUCGAGAGUUCAGUUUCGUAUGAUGAAAAUGACGACGAAGACCAUUCGACAAUAUUACCCGGUGAAGAGGAAGAGGACGAAGAGGAAGAUUACGAAACCGUCGAUACUGCACUUCCCGUUCGAUGAUACAUUUCUUAAUUAUUUUAAAUGUAAAACAUUCAUUCGAUCUUAAAUUACAUUAUAAUUCUUUUAGCAACGAGAUAAUUUAUUUUCAAAUCACGUCUCUAACUUCCUAUUUAAAAUUGUAAUUUAAAUAUCGUAAGCACAUGAUAAACCAUCGAAACGAUCAUCGUUUCAUUUGUGUAAUUCGAUGUAAACCUAAUCGGCCCGAUCAAUUGUUCUCGUUCAAUCCUGAAAAAAAUUUUUUCUUACAAAUUCUACGAAGAACAUUUUGUUUCAAAACAUGAGAUACUAAUAAAAAAGAAAAAGAAUAAUUUAAAUAAAUAAUAUUCUCAAACGGAUUUU